GUAACAAACAGACAGACAGGGAGGAACAACCUAAGACGGUGCGGAACAACCUAAGAGGGAGCGAGCGAGCGAGGGAGAUAGAGAGAGCGAGAUCGAUCUUCAAUUUAGGGUUUUGAGUUUCGUUUUCAGCAAGAAGUGUGCUUGUUAUGUGCAGGGAGAAAGUGUGAGAUUUUUAGAGAGAGAGGUGUGAGAACGAAGUGGAUAGAAUUUUUGUUUUUCUUGUUAUUUUCUCCCCUUCAGAUUGGUGCAUAGGGAUUUUUCCAUCUACAUAAUUUCAAUCUCUUCUGUUGGGAUUUGUUCAAGUUUCAAAUGGAACAGAGAAAGCUUGUGGUUUUGGGGAUCCCAUGGGAUGUUGAUACCGAGGGCUUGAAAGAAUACAUGAGCAAAUAUGGUGAACUAGAAGAUUGCAUUGUCAUGAAGGAGCGUUCAACUGGACGAUCUCGUGGUUUUGGAUAUGUUACAUUUGCUUCAGUGGAUGAUGCCAAGGAAGUAUUGUCAGGUGAACAUACUCUUGGAAAUAGGACGCUGGAGGUCAAGGUGGCCACACCAAAGGAGGAGAUGAGGGCACCAGCCAAAAAAGCUACCAGAAUUUUUGUGGCCAGGAUUCCACAAGAAGUAACAGAAGAAACUUUUAGAAGUCAUUUUGAGAAAUAUGGUGAUAUAACAGAUUUGUACAUGCCAAAGGAUCAAGGCUCAAAGAUGCAUCGUGGAAUUGGUUUUAUCACUUUUGCAAAUGCAGAAUCUGUGGAGAAUUUGAUGUCAGAAACCCAUGAACUCGGAGGUUCUGCUGUAGUGGUUGAUCGAGCUACACCUAAGGAUGAUGACAUUAAGCCAACUGCCAGAGUGUCAGGCAGAAUGUCACAGGGAGGAUAUGGUGCAUACAAUGCAUAUAUUUCUACAGCAACUAGAUAUGCAGCACUCGGAGCUCCUACUUUGUAUGACCGUCCUGGCCCAAUUUAUGGAAGGGGAGAGCCUCGUCGGAGAAUUAGCAAAAAGAUUUUUGUUGGUCGUCUCCCUCCAGAAGCAAAUUCUGAGGAUCUCCAUCAGUAUUUUGGAAGAUUUGGCCGUAUAGAAGAUGUUUACAUUCCCAGAGAUCCUAAGAGAACAGGUCACAGGGGUUUUGGAUUUGUUACUUUUGCUGAAGAAGGUGUAGCAGAUCGUGUCUCUCGAAGGUCUCAUGAGAUUUGUGGACACCAGGUGGCAAUAGAUUCAGCCACACCUGUUGACGAUACUGAGCCCAGUGAGAAUUUUAUGAUGAACAGUAUGGAAUCUUUUGGGGGAUAUGGUGGUCCAGUGCGAAGUUAUGGGAGGAUGUAUGGUGGUUUAGACUACGAUGAUUGGGGUUAUGGAGUUCCCGGUGCGAGGCCAUUAAGAACAGAUUAUCAAGAGCAGAUUGGGAGGCCGUCAAGAGUAGAUUACCAAGAGCAGAUUGGGAGGCCAUCAAGAGUAGAUUACCAAGAGCAGAUCGGGAGGCCAUCAAGAGUAGAUUAUCAAGAGCAGAUUGGGAGGCCAUCAAGAGCAGAUUGGAGGUAUAGGCCAUACUAGUGUGACCCAGUUCUAUUGGUGGUGUUGCUUCUGCAAUGCUAGUAUGGAUGUCUGUAAACUGUGUUGCAGGUCUUCUAGUAUUAAUAAUGUAUUAUUAUGAACUUGUAACCACUAAAUAUUGGAUUUACCUUAUUUGUUGUAACUCAGAAAUAUUUAUUUUCUUUUUGCUUGAGCAAUUGAUCACCCUGUAUCCAAUUAAAGUGCACAUUAUGGCGCCUGUUAGAUCUCUUUAUUGGCAUGAUAAUGGGUUGUGAUUUAUUCUAGAACUAGAACAACUCUGUUAAACUUGAGUUAUGGAAAUGUUCAUUAUGUAUUGUCAUACUGGAACUGAAAGUGUUGAUUGAUGAUCCUGGAAUAAACUAGUCUAGUUUGCCCAAAA